AUGAUAAUCCUAUACCGGUUCACUUUAUUACCUAAUCACAUGUCACAGCCAUGCCCAUGCCAAUGGUUUACUGACGCAGCUACGGAUGUGAUGUGUCACAUUAUUCCAUUAGUGAAUAGUUAAUGUUUAACGCAAUGCCGACGAGCUUGUUUAUUUUCCUAAGCUUAUAAAUUAUUUGACUGUUACUGUACGCCCACAGUUAUUCAAUCGAUUGUUCUGGUACAGUUGCACUAAUUCGUUUGAAAAUUAUGUCUCAAGAACCCACACAGGGUGCUAACAAUAAGUUUGCAUUUGCUCUGCUCGGCCAGCUUCUCAAAGCCAGCAAUAAUGCCGAGAGAAAUGUGUUCUUCUCCCCUUUCAGCGUGUUUUCCGCAGCCAGCGCUUUGCUUUUGGGUAGUGCCGAAAAGAGCGAGGUUGAAUUGAAAGAAGCUUUGAGUCUGGAGAAUGUCAGUAAUAUUCCUGAGCAUUUACGGGAAACAAGAAGUUCUAUUUUACAAGCGGUGAAAGGCGUAGAACUUAGCACAGCUAACAAACUUUACCCAGAGACUUCAUUUAAAAUUAAGGAGGAUUUUUUGGCUCUGGUUAAAGAAGUGUUCCAGACAGACAUACAGCCCCUAGACUUUAUUAAAAAUGGGGAAGAGGCAAGAAAAGCUAUUAAUAAAUGGGUCUCAGACGUUACCAAAGACAAAAUCAAAGAUUUGCUCCAGCCUGGAACCAUAACUGCAGACACCCGCCUUGUUUUGGCCAAUGCCAUAUACUUCAAAGGAAACUGGCAGGAACAGUUCAAACAAGAGAAUACCACAGAAAGAGAUUUUCAUGUCACACCACAGAAAGUUGUGAAAGCGAAGUUCAUGAAGAGAAAGGCUAAAUAUCAAUUUGCUUUUGAUGAGGAACUGAAAUUGCAGUUGCUGGAAAUUCCCUAUAGUGGUGAAACUACAUCAAUGGUUAUUGCUCUUCCAUCAGAAAAAUUUGGCCUAAAUGAGCUUGAGAAGAAAUUUUCUGCGGAAAAACUAAAUGAAAUGGAAAAAAAUUAUUUCAAAGAAGAAGUUGUUCUCAGUUUGCCAAGAUUCAAGAUUGAGUACAGCAGUGACCUUGUCGAAUCAUUCAAAGGUCUUGGUGCAAGAAGUAUCUUCGGAUCUGGUGCCAACUUCAGUAAAAUUUCAUGUAAAGAAGAUCUUUAUGUGUCAGCGAUUGCUCACAAAGCUUUUGUUGAAGUUAACGAAGAAGGCACUGAAGCAGCAGCAGCUACAGCAAUUGUUAUGACGAGGAUGGCACUUCUUCCUCCACAUGAAUUCAUGUGUGAUCAUCCAUUCUUGUUUUUCAUAAAGCACAAACCUACCAAUACCAUAUUAUUUGUUGGAAGAUAUGUUAAUCCUGAAGCAUAAAUGAUUACUCUUCAUGUUACAUCAUAACAAAGUACCAGAUAUUCACUUUACAUUUGGUGUAGAGCCAAUUUGAAAUUAUACUGCUGGAGUUACUGAAAAUAUUUCAACUUAAAACUAUGCUAUAUACCUGCUAUAUAUUUUUUUUUGAUGGUUGACAAUGAUGCUUAUAAUUGAGCAUUCAAUAUAUCCAUAAUGAAGCUGUAUUAAAUAUUCACAUUUGCUUUCAAUUUUGAGUACAUUGCUGGAAUCUGUCCAUCCUGUAAAAUUUUAGUUUAACUAGGCUGAAGAACUAAUAUGCUGUUGAAUAUUUACUCUAUUUCUAGGUUAAACAUUCUUACUUAUACAUGGGCUGUUUACUUUGCCUGUCACAGAAUAUAUAUAUUCCAGAUUGAAAAAUAUGAACAUAUUUUAAAAUGUAUAUGAGAGUAAAUCAAUAUUUCGAAAAUUACUUUUCUGAUUUUUCCUGGUGGCUAGGUGAAUAUCAAUAUAGGGUGAACAGGCUGACAAUUAUUAAAUUUAUCGAAAAAAAAAUAUUGGUAAUCUCCAGUAUCUUAUGCUAUGAGAUCAAAUCCUAGUAUAGAGUUUUUGUAUUGGUGACAGUAUUCAGUAAAUAUCUUAAUUGACUAUGCACACAAUUAUUCGUUCAUUUUGACUCAUAAUUUUAUAUAAUUGGUUAAGAUAUAAAUCAUUGUUUUGAUUAAAUAAUUCAAGUAUAUGGAA